UCAGAAACUAUUCAGGAAAUGUCGGUGGUGCUGCAGAGUGGAGUCCAUGAGACAGAAGAUAAGAUGGAGACUCGAGCACAGACAGAAGACUCACGGGACGACUUCCCAAAGAAACUGCCAUCUUUAGUGCAUUUCUUUCCAUCGUCGACAGAUUCAGAUAGCACGACACUGCCGUGUUCACGGUCUUUCUCUGAUGAAAUCCCUCUCAGUUACUGUCUGUCUAGCCCUCAAGUUAGUGGAGCAACUAUAUCGACAAUUGGACCAAAGCCUCUUCAACCUGCUCUAGGGACCCAUUCCAAAUCAGAAAACAGCUUGGGACUCAACAUCAUCAAAAUUCCAAAGAAACACUCUAUUCCAGUCCUUGCUGGUGAGCCAGCUGUGAUUGGGGAAGGGGAAGAUUAUUUCCUGUCUCUGUUUGGUGAUACAAGGAAACUUGUGCAUUCAUUCCACGAGAAAAGUUGGAAGCACUUCUCUAUGAUUCUUGAAGAAGUGGGCCAAUCUAGAUCCAGUGCUCUUGGAGACAUUAAAAUAGCUGAGGUGAAUGUCAAGGGUUUAUUCGUGAAGCUCAUUAACUCUUCCCCCGACAAAGAGCUGGAAAUUGGAAAUCAUACUCUCCAACAAAAUGUGGAUGGACAAACAAUCUCUCUCUACCGAUUCCUUCCCGGUAUCAUAAUGCAGGCCAAUUCUACAGUAACAGUCUGGACAGCAGCAUCUGAAAUAAAGUAUCAGUCACCAUCUGAUUUUCUUUGGAAGGAACACAACAGGUUUCACACAGGCCCAAACUGUACAACCAUCCUGUGCAAACCUAACGGUGAAGCUGUUGCCUGGUACACUCCCAUUCACUGGAAGCAAGCAUGGGAAAAAUUAGAGACUGACAUCGAAUUUGACAGAUGUUCAAUAAUAAGUGCAACACCUCAACGGCACAUGUUUAAUUGGCCAGCAGUUGCAACUACAACUAAAGAAAAACGAGAUCAGUUUAAGAGAGAGUCCUCAAAAUGCCAGGUGGAACAAGUUCAAGCUUCUCUUAAGAGAGAAAAAGAAAUCCCACCAACCCUUUUCCCCACUCGCAGCCCAUGGUGCCACAGUCCUGAUGUCCCUGCACACCCCUACUGUGCACUGACCGAUGCUCACAGCACCGCCAUGGCUGAACACAGCUUAAACAGACAGCCCAGGUCAACCCGGACUGAUUCAGUCCAGAGAUCAAGAAAAAACAGGACAUCUGAGUUUACAAAAGCAAUAGGCAGUCAAUUCAACAUCUAA